GUGGCUAUACGGAACACGCCAGUGGGAAAAGAUAACGAAAUGGACGAAAUAAUCUACCAAAGCAAUAAUCAAAAUUCUGUAUAUGUGCUUAAUUCCAACUAUAGAUCAUAUGGGGACUAUGAGUUUCUCAAAUUAAUUGACCCUAAUGACAUGAACAAUAAAAAUAUGCCAAAUUACAAAAACUCAUCGGCUGCGAGAUCCGGUUCUCGUUGUUGUUCCGCCGGUGCGCACAUAAUGCAACAUAAAUUGCAUAAUUUGGGGAAAUUUUGCGAAGUUACGGAAAUAAUCGGAAAUGCUGUCACAUCCCCGCCUUCGUUGUUGGCAGCAGCCUUGUCAACUACAUCCACAACACCGCCAACAUCGAGAUGCUUGCCACCGGCACCUGCAUUUCAAAACUUCUUCAACUGCAGCUUUGCGGCAAAUGCCACUGGCGGUACCAGUGCCAACGCAACGCACGAUGAUGGUAGCACUGGUGGAGGUGUGGAUGCCAUUAAAAUCAAACCCAACAACAGUAAUAAGAAAAAGUGUGCCAAUGUCAAGCCAUCCCUUAUGGAGAAGAAAACUAAAUUUAGAAAGUUCAUCGAAGAAGAAAAAUGGAGAACGUGUGAUACGAGUAUUGGGGAAAAUGUGCACCAACGAAGCACCAGCAACAAUGACCGUGUCGGAUGCACCGGUUCGGUAACACCCACUGAAUUUCGGACCAACUCAUACAUGAAGGAAUCAAAUGCUGCUGACUCAACAACGCUAACCACUUCAAUGGCCGCAAAGGCAACCUGUGCGUCGUUGAACAACAUCGUUAAACAUUAUUGGAACGACAAAAUGGAUGCGAAUGCUACAGGCGAGAGCAAGCGACACCAGCAUCGAAAGCAGUCGAACAAUUGGAGUGGAAGUAGUGAUAGCAACAAUCAACAUCGACAAAAGUUGGAAGUGCUGAAAUCGUCACGACAACAAAAAAGCAAUUACGAGCUAUAUAAAGAAGCCUCCGAACUGCUCGGGUUGUCUUGCACACUUUGUGAUAACUGUCGAUGCCUCGAAUGCCAGAGCAGUUACUUCGAGUGCGAUGACUCUGAUAGUUUUUCGGAACUAUCCAACUCCGAUGGAUUUGAUGAGGAUAUAAUGGGCGCCCUAAACAAUUCUGUAGACCUGGUAAUGUAUACCAAU